AUGACGAUCAAGAGGAGCACGAUUAAUCGUACAUUAGAAUUCAUGUUCACUCUGUUCGGCAUCUGGCCGGGUGCCUCGUACGUAUUGGUGCGCCGAAUGUUCUGGAUCGUUACAAUAGUAAUCGUCCAAUACUGUCAUUACCGGUACCUGCUCACACACUUUUACUCCGACGAUCUCUUCAACCUGAUGGACUGCCUGAGCAGCCUGCUGGCGUAUGCGAAGGUGAUGAGCAAACUCGUUAUGUUUUGGUUGAAUCAACGAAAAUUCGUCGAGACGUUGACGAUGGUGGCGAAGGACUGGGACGAUAGCGCUAACAGCGAGUUCAGCGUACGCGAGACGAUGUCCAGAGCGAAAUUAUCGGAUCGCAUCACAAACGCGAUCAUCACUCUGCACACGUUAAGCGCCAUCGCGUACAGCAGCCGCGCCGUGCUUGCCAGCACCGAUAUCAACGACUCCACAUCCGAGCCGCUCUACGUGCACAAAGUGGAGAUUCCUUUCAACGUGGACAAGCAACGGACGUACGGGACGAUCUUGACCGCGCAAUUAGUGUACGUCGUGAUGGGCAGCUGGGCGGCCGGUGCUGUCAACUCGUUGCUUUUGACUCUGAUCUUACACAUAGGCGGCCAAAUGGACAUCGUGCGUUCCUGGUUGAAGGAGUUUGCGUCCCAAGAGGGCGAGAAAAAGUCGAGUGUCGCGAAGACUAAUGAAAUCGUCGAGAAACAUCGGAGGAUCAUCAACUUAUCGGAAAACGUCGAGAAUCUGUAUACGCACAUCGCGCUGAUGCAGUUCGCGUCGAACACGAUAAUGAUUUGCUCGCUAGCGUUUCUCAUCGUGAGCGCGAUAGGCACCCCCGACGCGGUAGAGCAGAUAAUGAGAUCCCUUUUAUUUUACGCCAUAACGAAUCUCGAAGCGUUCGUGUUCUGCUUCGCCGGGGAGUAUCUGAGGAACAAGAGCAAAGAGAUCGGAGCCGCCGCUUACAAUUGCGCGUGGUACAACUUAAAGCCUGAACACAGUCGUUUGUUGAUGCUCGUAAUACUCAGGUCGCAAAAGCAAUUAGCGCUCACUGUGGGAAAGAUGACGGAUCUCUCUUUAGAAUACUUUGCAAGCAUCAUGAACGCCUCUGGAUCGUAUUUGUCGGUGAUGUUGGCGAUGCAAUGA